UCUAACUCAUCUGUUCGAAACUCAUCUUAUUUUACUCAUCUUAUUUUAUAAACGUAACAUUAUACAAUUAUACACCAGUUUCCAGACAAUGUGUAUGAUUACAGCUGUGCGUAAUUUGGAGAUAGAAUCACUGAACUAAUGGUACUUUCUUUCGGAGCCGUGUGCUAAAUGAAGACUUUAUAGGUAUCAGUGUAUAAACAUUAGUUUCACUCUUAAGAUCGACAAAACAAGGAGUGGCCUGUAUGUGAAUUUUUCCGUGGAGUGCACUAAAGCCACUGCAAGGCCUAGGUUACGAUCAAUGCACUUUGGCCAAAGCCUUGUGUGUGUGUGUGUGUGUGUGUGUGUGUGUGUGUGUGUGUGUGUGUGUGUGUGUGUGUGUGUGUGUGUGUGUGUGUGUGUGUGUGUGUGUGUGUGUGUGUGUGUGUGUGUGUGUGUGUGUGUGUGUGUGUGGUACUACAGGACUGUAUGCCACGCCUACACCGCCGGAUGCUUCCGCCGCACUGUAGGAGCAGCACAAAGGCUUUAUUGGUGAUAUUCAGGCCAGACAGCCAAAUAACCUGCAGGAAAACAGCGUAAUAGCCCUAUUAUAAACGCAGUCUGUUAUAUUACCCAACAAUCCGCACUCUCAGUGGGACAAUGUUAGUAAAGAAAAAUUAUGCUGUGAACAAACAGAAUAGAAAGUUUGAAUAUACCACGGGCCUUUUUCAGCUUUUGGGUUAUAUCCUCUAAUUUCAUCUCCCCAUAUGAGGAUCAUUUAAAAUCAUUUUUAAAUUACUUCGAAUUAAAAUGUUUCUUAUGUUUUAUGGUAGUUAUAAGUAUAAUUUUAUCAAUAGUGCUUGUUGUACAUGCUUGUUGUAAUAUUUCUGUUUAUUAUUUGAAACAGUAAUGCUAUCCUAAAUGCCAGACAAAAGGAAUCUUAAUACUAUAAAAUGCUAAAGUAAUCUUAAAAAUGACAGAAGCUCUGACAGAACAAUUUCCUGUUAAGAAGUGGCUUUCAAAUACAGGCUAAUGCUAUUUCAUUAGCACGAAUACAUCUAUUUAAAUAUCCACGACACACGUAUCCACUUGUUAUACCAUGAUUAUUUCCAAUGCUUAAUACUAUUCAAGUAGCCUAUUACUUGCAUUACCAACAGCAACAUCUAUUAGUAUGUUUUUUCUGUGCUGAAAGUGGAUAGCAUAUUUUCGAUCUUUUCGUGAGACAUAUCUACCAACUCACGAAUCUGACAUUUCAAAAUAAUUUGGCAAUAAAUUUCACCAUUUUUUAACAAGACAAAUUAAACAGCUAAUUAAAUUUAUUUGAAAUGCGCCGCAGUAGAAUUGCACACGCCUUCUGAGCCCGAAACGAUUUUGAAAGACUGCGGUCACUGGCUAGUAGAUCAUAUCUCAACUAUUCCAUGGCACUUAUUGCCGUAUAAAACUUACAUAUGGCUCAAGUAAUGAUUGUCUUUAUUUUUUAAACAUGUCUGUAAUAUUUUAUGUCACCUUGUGCUACUAUAAACAUUACGUGUUUGCCACAAGCAAUGUGUGAAGUCUGCAAAAUAUUGCAUUUCUUAACCAUUACCGCAUUAUCAGGCUGGGGUUAUUUAGGCUUGGAGAAUUAAUAUUUUUUAUGAAGUCGCAUUCCUUUAAAAUUAUAAUACACUUUAAAAAUCUGUGUUUUCAGAGUAAUAUUGAUACAUACAUUAGGGCCGUGAGCGUUGGAAUGAAAUACCUUAAAGAUUUAUUAUUAUAAGAAGAACAAACCUAAUUUGACAAAUAAAACAAAUUCGCUCUCAUAGAAGCAUAGAGCACUGCCAUUAACAAUUUUACUGCAAAAUGGAGGCUAUGUGAAGCUCUGGUUUAGGCGACCCCUUUAUUGUUCUCUCCUAUGGUCACGUGUCCGUGUCAUCCAAUCGUGUCUCGGCCGCUGUUCAACUUAUCAAAGGUCUGUAGUUCACAGUGAAGUCGACCGUUCCUAGAUUUGCAGAUUCCGUGCUUGUGUCUAUUCCGUGGUGAGGAUUGUACGCACGGUCGCGCCUGUGUGCGUUGUUUUUUUUUUGUUAUGUCGACCCUGGGCACUCUGGGUUACUACGCCGACUCGCACAUUCCUCACGAGGACGAUGAUCAUUUGGCGCCGCGGUUCCCAACUGCACCGGUGAUACAGAGCCAAGCUCGAGAGUCAUCUCUUUCUGAAUAUGGUGAGCCCGAUUCGUACCCUUUCCAAAGCAAGUCGGCUAUUUUUGGCGCUUCGUGGAGCCCCGUGCCCGUACAGCCGCCGGGCGGUACAUCUAUCGCAUACCAUCCUUACAUACAUCAACCGUGUCCGACAGUAGAGUCGGAUGGAGCGUCUGCGCGCGCCUGGGCGCUCGAGACGCUUUCUGCGUCCGUGCCUUUCGCCGGAUUAUCGACAGAUGUGCAUCACGAUAUAAAACUCGAGCCCUUGGUCGGGAGCGGUGAGUGCACCACGCUGGAUGCACGGACUCUAAUGCCCCCUGAUGCUCAAAACAACGCGAACUCUGCGGUGAAGGAGGCGGAUCUGAGCCAUGCGGAUGUGACAGAGCCAAGCGACGAGAAAACGUUAACGGAGACUAAGCCGGAUCUGGACCCGAAUAACCCUGCGUCCAACUGGCUACAUGCGAAGUCCACGAGAAAAAAACGAUGCCCAUACACUAAGCAUCAGACUCUCGAGCUGGAGAAGGAGUUUCUCUUUAAUAUGUACCUGUCUCGUGACCGUAGAUACGAAGUGGCAAGACUGCUAAAUCUCACCGAGAGACAAGUUAAAAUAUGGUUCCAAAAUCGUAGGAUGAAGAUGAAGAAAUGCAACAAAAAUCGCCCGAAAGACAUCUGAAGUUAAGGAGUACUGAUGAGUGCACACACUGCAAUGUUUUGGACAGCUUUCUUUCCUGCGCACACCGGUUUUGUGUUAUGCCUCUACAACAACAAAAACAAAAACAGCAACAAAAUUAAUUUCCAACAUUUUUCGGUGUGAGAAUGUGCCGGUUUAACCGAUUGCGUUUUGUUAUAAGGCUGUUUGUUAGUCCUCUUGUGUCGUGUUUGCUUGUAGUAGGUCCAAGUGUUUAUAAUCGUGUACAUUUUGAGCCUCAUUCAGAUUUGAGGAACUUUCCAUGUAGGCUACUGAUUUCAGGGACAUAUACUAAAUGCUCGAUAUAUUUAAUAUUGUUGAUUUGCAUGAGUGUCAGUUGCUUUUUAAAAAUGCCAGAAUGACUUCUGUCCAGAUAUUUAAUGUUUAAUGUAAUGUUUAAUGUAACUACCUAGAUGUAUUUGAACUACCUAUUUGCAGUAUGAAAAUAAGUGUUUUGUCAUUGAGACAUUGGUGAAUUUUGUAUCAUAAACAUGCUUGAAUUUUUUUGUGACUGGAAAAAGCCUGUACACAUAAAUACCUCAAAUCAUCAGUUAGCUUAGCCAUUUUCAAUUCAAAGUUCAUCUGUGUAGAUGAAAAAUAAAGUGUAGAAAAUUUAAUAUUUUGUAAUAGUUUGUUUUUAUAACUUUUUUAAAUUAAUUAAUUUUUACCUGAAAAAAACAUUUACAAUAAUUACAUUAUAAAUUAGUAUACACUUCUAUCAACGAUAUUAGUGGUAUAAUAGAUUAGAAGAAUCCAUAAGAAUAUAUUCAUAUAACAAAAAUCUUCGAUAUAAUCGAGAAUAUAAGGGAGUUGAAUAACGUAGUCUUUUAAACUUCCUUUAUGGUUUAAGAACCUUAUAUAUAUAUAUGUUCUUAAACCUUAAAGGAAGUUUCAAAAGAGGAAAACUCUACGUCAUGUUUACUGUCCCAAAUUCAACUUUUCAUCAUUUAUAUACGAUAACAAAUUCCCUGUUUCGUGUCUCGUUUGUGUCACAUAAAUCAGGCUUAGUUCGUUGUCCGUGGACAGGCUUGAGUGCGUUAUGUGUACGUGCAUUCGCAAAUGAUAUUGGUGGCUAUACCGACAAUAAACCACAGUCACAGUCUUAACAGUUUAUGGGCUGCAAAUUGAUUGAAUGCCGACCUGUAGGAAUUUUUCAAACGCCAUUUCCUUAUCGUCAUCAAUAUAAUAAUACACACGGGCUAUAUUGUGUGACAAACAUGGGGUGUGCGCAAUUAUAGAAGCAGCGGUGUACCGUAUAUGAGUUGCAUCAUAAAACUUUAACACAAAUCACCUCGAGCACACACAAACACACGACCACGCACGCAUUUUCUUUGAAGCUAUAGUAGAGAUAUUAGGUCACAGUAAGGUACAAUAGGAAAGGUUAUCAUUUUAUCCGUCUCUAACAGCUGUAAAGGAACAAUGCUUUUGAGACAUUCUCUUGAUUAUUGCACUACAGGCUGUGCCUUCAAAGCUGUAGGCACAGACAGCACCAUAAAACCCAAGGCUUUUCGCACUGUCUGGCUUUUUCUCUGCUAAUUACUUUAUUACAGCAACAAUGACGACACUCCUGAACGAGUCGUCCGUUUGGUAACAGCAAACAAAGGCACAGAGAAAAAAACAGACAAGGCCCUGCAAGACUUGUAAUUCGCUCUAACCUAUGUUCACUAAUCCUUACAGUUUCAGGAGCAAUUAAAAAAUUCUUCAAAAUCAAUAAAAAAUUCAAAGGGAUCGAAUGAAGAAAAAAAACCCCACAAAGCUAAGUCAUUAUAUGUAUGAUACGCAAAGGAAUCGUGAAAACACACGUAGCUUAUUAUACAUAUCGGAUACCUAAGAACAAUUGAGAUCAGAUUUCCAGUGUUCAACAGUACAAAAAGAAUAGACAUAAGAUUGAGUGAGUAUAAUACGUUAAAUUUGAGUAUUAUUGUUUGGGUUCUUUGACACAUGCUACUAUCUAGGCUACAGUUAAGAGUGCAGAAAGAUGCUGCACAGUCACAAUGGAAGCCAUUGCUGUAACCCAUAAUAACCGCCAGGUGGAGGCAACGUCCAGGUCAAAACUUACAACAAAAAAUGUGCCUUUCAGUAGGACUAAUGUAUGUAAUUUGCGGCAGCUGACUGACCCAAAGGAUGCAUUAUGUGUAUAGGAAACAUAUAUUUACCUAUACUAUGUCUUGACUGUAGAGGCGAUAAAAAAUGCUUCAUUUAUUGAAAUUACAGCUUAAACCUGAUAUAAACAAUGAUUACAAUGCGUUAAAUUGGCCUACAUAAAUAUAAAUCACAGAGGUUACUCUACACCGCCUGUAGCACACCCUGACCUGACCAUGAGCUGCCAAACUUCUGGUUGACUGCAUGUCAGCGUCAGCAAUUACCUGAAAUAUGAUUGACAAUCACGUGACUGAAAUGACGGAAAUGGUUGAACUCCACCGAAUAAUGUUUGAUUAUUUCCAUUUUAUGAAUACCAAAACCCAUCAUAGGCUGUUAUAUAACUACACUUCUAACUACAUUAGCCCAAAACAUACUAAUUAACAUCGUAAGUUGCUAUUUUUUGGUUAUACUCUAAAUACAUUCUGGCUAGGUAUA